AGACCUGAUGCCUUCAACGCUGGAAGGGCAGAUCACCAUGGAGAAGACGCCCAGCUACUUUGUGACUAACCAUGCCCCAAAGCGGAUCCACUCCAUGGCCAGGGACAUCAAGCUUAUUAUAGUGGUGCGUAAUCCUGUCACUAGAGCCAUUUCAGACUACACACAAACUUUGUCCAAGAAACCUGAGAUUCCCACCUUUGAGGUCCUGGCUUUUAAGAAUCGGACGCUGGGUCUUAUAGACGCCUCAUGGAGUGCAUUGCGUAUAGGAAUAUAUGCGCUCCACUUGGAGAGCUGGAUGCAGUAUUUCCCUCUCUCCCAAAUGCAUUUUGUCAGUGGGGAAAGGCUCAUUGUGGAUCCCGCAGGCGAGAUGGCCAAAGUGCAGGACUUCUUGGGACUAAAACGGAUCGUCACAGACAAACACUUUUACUUCAAUAAAACUAAAGGAUUUCCGUGUCUGAAGAAGCCAGAGGACAGCAGCACUCCCAGAUGCCUCGGCAAGUCUAAAGGGAGAACUCACCCUAAAAUUGACCCAGAUGUGAUUCGACGGCUGCACAAGUUCUACAAACCCUUUAACAUGAUGUUCUACCAAAUGACUGGCCAGAACUUUGAAUGGGAGCUGGAGGGGGACAAUGAAUCUCAUAGCUCUCAGGACUAGUAGACUGUGGCAUGGCACAGCGCAGCCACACCACCAGCCUUCUUCAAUAAAACUACUAUUGUCUCGCUUUGUCUUCAGAGGGAGCGCUUGAGCACGCCAAUCAAUCAUGGCUGUCUUUGCCGUGUCUGUAUCCAUUAGCAAGAGUUUACUGACAUGCUUUUUCUCUCCCUUCGAUACUAAUGUUGUUGAUGAUGGCAACUCAUUAUUGUA